GCUAGGUCGAGCUCAAGAGCCUCUUCAACUAUGGUCCGGUCAAUCACCAGCGCCAUCAUGAUCUGGUGACGGUGGGCCGCCAGAUCAUGCCUUUGCUUGACUUGAUUGACCUUAGAUCGCUGAACGAUAGGCUCGGUGAGGAGUUCUCUUCGGGUGGCGGGAGCUCGGACCGCCAAUGGGGUCAUGAGCGGGACGGUGGUGGUGAUGAUCGGAGAAAGAGAGAGGUGGUGAUAGGUCUGCCGCAACAGCUGCAGAAGCAGACGACAGGGAGGAAGAAGAGAAAGAGUGACGAUGGCAAGGUUGACAAGGAACCCUUGGUCUUCAAAGGCCAGUGGACUCUUGAGGAAGACAGGCACUUGAAUAUGUUGGUUGAGAUUGCUCAUAUGCUGGAGGAGAGAGUUGGAAAACAGUGCAGGGAAAGACGGCAUAGCCAUUCAAGGCCUCAUAUCAAGAACAACUCGUGGAGCAUCGAAGAAGACAAGAAGCUGAUUCAGGCACACAAGCAGAUUGGGAACAAAUGGGCCGAGAUAGCCAAGAUAUUGCUUGAAAGGACCGAGAAUACCAUAAAAAAUCACUGGAACUCCACAAAGCGCAGUGACCACCUCUGCCACAAGAAAGAGAAGUGGUCACUGUCUUUGUCGGCAGCAGCCAUUUCCCGUGGCUCGGACCUGCAGCCUGUAAGGUCGACUGCCCCCAACAAGCGCCGGAUAGCCACUGCCAGCUCAGAGGCUCGUAUUAGUUACAUUCGUUUUACGAUGGUAGAUGGGAAUGGGAUGUUUUAUCAGGUGAAGGACCAUCAUUAUCAUCAGGUGCUGAGCGAAGGUGGUGGUAAUGGGAGUGAAGAGAUAUUUGAUAAGGAGUUGGAAUUGGAGUUGAUCUUGGAGAUGGAUGGUGAUAAUCACCACCACCACCACCCUCAUCACCAUAAUGACUAUUACCAUAGGGAGAUUAAGGAGCUCGACUUGCUCGAGAUGAUCCCUCGCUGA